AUGGCGAACAGCCGCUUUUCAGUGCGCAAGUUAAUUCGGGACAACUUGAUCAUCCGCAAGGCCGUGGCCGUGCACUCCAAGUACAGGUUCCGCCUCUACCAGCAGGCCAAGCGACAGGGCCGGCACAUGGGGAUUGGGAAGAGAAAAGGAACUCGAGAUGCUCGACUGCCGGCGAAGGUGCUUUGGAUGAGAAGACAAAGAGUGCUGCGGCGGCUGCUGAAGAAGUACAGAGACGCGAAGAAGAUCGACAGCCACAUGUACCACAAGCUGUACGUACGCUGCAAAGGCAACCAGUUCAAAAACAAACGCGUGCUGAUCGAAGCCAUUCACAAUGAAAAGAACUUGAAGGUGAAGGAGAAGGCGCUGCAGGAGCAGGUGGACGCGCGGAAGCAGAAAGCAGCAGCUCAGAAGGAGAAGAGGAAGCUGAAGGAAGAAAACAAAAAGGCCGGAGUCGCGGCCGCCAAGCCCGCCCAGUAA